CGUGAAACCCGCUACUGCAAAGAGGGCAGUGACCAUAUUUGUGCAGAUAUCUAUCAUUUCUCGGGAUAACUAAGAGCCGUAGCGAAGUCAGAUAUAUUUACGCCUGUGCAGUGAAGGAGCCUGCCUCUCCGCAAAUGCAAGCUAUUAAAUGCGUGGUGGUGGGCGACGGGGCGGUUGGUAAGACCUGCCUGCUGAUCAGCUACACCACAAAUGCCUUUCCUGGCGAGUACAUCCCCACAGUAUUUGAUAACUACUCUGCCAAUGUGAUGGUCGAUGGAAAACCAGUCAACCUUGGUUUAUGGGAUACAGCAGGACAGGAAGACUAUGACCGCCUUCGACCCCUCUCAUACCCACAGACGGAUGUGUUCUUAAUAUGCUUCUCUUUAGUGAGUCCAGCAUCCUUUGAGAACGUCCGUGCGAAGUGGUACCCAGAGGUGCGUCAUCACUGUCCCAACACACCUAUCAUUCUGGUGGGUACCAAACUGGACCUGCGAGAUGAUAAGGACACCAUAGAGAGGCUGCGGGACAAAAAGCUUUCGCCCAUCACCUACCCCCAGGGCCUGGCCAUGGCUCGUGAGAUCGGUGCCGUGAAGUACCUGGAAUGCUCGGCUCUGACUCAGCGUGGUCUAAAGACUGUAUUUGACGAGGCCAUCCGUGCUGUCCUGUGCCCUCCACCCGUCAAAAAACGCGGCAAGAGGUGCACUCUCUUCUGAGCAAAAGCGAUGACAACUCCUGGCACGCCCACACAAAACUACAAUAUUUUUAAUCAGCCUUUUGGAAAUAUAUUGUACUACUCUCACAGGUUCGUUGAUAGCCGUCCAUGAAGUUCUAAUACAUUGAAUGCAAAUGACAUGUAUAUGAACCAUUGGCAAGACUUAGAGGUGUUGUCCAUUCAGAGGGAAACCUUGUGGUAGAUGGCUUUUGUUUUCGCAGCCUCACACCUCCGUCCAAAGAUGUAAUAUUCCAUUUCAUAUUGUUUAAAAGAGAAGUUUUAGUGGUAAAAUGUAAUUGUUGACAUACUGUAAGGAAGUGUUUCUUGGUGUUGUGAAGGAAGCAUCAAAGAAAUGGGAAAUUUCUGUUGAUUUAGAGAGUCUUGUACUAAGAUAACCAUUUAUUUGCAUUCCUGGUGGUGUUAAAGUCUACAUGAAACAGCAUUCUCAACCCAUUUUACUUGUAUUGUGGCGUAUUACUGAGUGAAACAGGAUAUUCAAUGAGAAAAAAAAAGCUAGGCCGGGAUUUGAUUUUAUCAAUUGCAAAUUGUUUGUUUUGUGAAAAGUGUGUGUUAUAUAUCAGAAUGAAGCCAGGUGACUGGAGGGGAGGGGUUUAAAAAAUCAAGCCCUUGAUGACAUCAGCUGAAAAGAAAAGAUGUUGUGGAGAAAUGUUGUUGAGAGAUUACAAAGAUUUUAUUAAAUGUUUUGGGAUUAACACACACCAAUGAAUCUGUAAAGGUAUUAAGAUGGGCAAGGAGGAGGUGAGAAACGGCUUGACAAUAUAAAUAAUAUUUUAAUAAGGAACUUAAACAAAAAGACAAACACACAAAGGGUGUCGGACAGCUGCCCGUAAAUCUCUCUCUGUCUCACUGCAGUCUCCAGUCGCCCUUUAUCCCUCUCUGAGGCUUAUUAGAAGCCUGGUGUGUAGCAUCACGACCCGGCCCCGCCCUCCGCCCUGUCACAUUCCAACCUCGGGGAGCCCCUGGCAUGACAUACAACCACCCCCCCUCUUUUCCUGGGGAGGGGCGUGUCUAACGUCCCAUCUGCCGGGACAUCAUUUCCGUCUACCUGGAUGAGGGAGGGGACAAGGGGAGGGAAACCCAAAAAAAUUUGCCAAAUUAACAAAAACAUUUUAAAAAAGAGAGGCAAAGGCCAACACGGAGCAGCAGUUGGAGAGAGAGAGGAAAAAAACACUAAAAAAACUUAGUCCUCGGCCAUUCCUCCAACCUUCAUCGGACGACAGCCGCGCCUCUCCAGACGGAUCGGAGGCAGUCUUCCGGCCCCUGGCGGACGGAACGCCUUGCCGCGUGCUGGGAAACAGAAGGGGUCUCCCCCGCCCCUGGCAGCAGUUUUCCCGCUCCAGGCGGUCGGUCAGGUGCCCCUCCCUGCUCGCAGCUGGCGGUCUCAUUUCCCGCCGCAUUUCAGAGGCUGGUAGGGGUCUCCUCCGCCCCUGACCGCUCCAGGCAGUCGUUUAGGAGACCCUUCUCGCUUCGUGGUUGGUGGCCGUUCGUCCGCUCUCAGGAGGCUGGGCUCCUCCGUCCUCCGGCGGAUGGCUGCGGCUGCUCCGUUGGGAUGGAUGGUAUUGGCGAGGCUCUACUACGGUGCAUCCCUCCUCCUUCCGGGGUUUCGGCACCAGUGUAAAGGUAUUAAGAUGGGCAAGGAGGAGGCGAGAACCAGCUUGACAAUAUAAAUCAUAUUUUAAUAAGGAACUUAAACAAAAAGACAAACACACAAAGGUGUCGGGCAAUCUCUCUCUCUCUCUGUCCCACUGCAGUCUCCAGUCGGCCUUUGUCCCUCUCUGAGGCUUGAUUAGCCUGAUUAGGGGCUGGGUGUGUAGUAUCACGACCCGGCCCCGCCCUCAGCCCUGUCACAGAAUAGUUCAAAAUAAUACCAGGAACACGUAAAAAGAAAGUGAAUAGGGACACUUUUGAUUUCAUGUAUACUUUAACCCACAUGCAGUUAUGAACACUAAAUGUUUUCUUCUUCUCAACUCUUAAACAACUGUCAUUACAAACACUAAGGAAGGUAACUGUGAAACCGCAACAUUGUGUCUCUACUUUCAUGUUGAUACAAGAAUCAACAAUUUUAUGAAUUUUGAAUUUAGAAUUUUCUUUCUUUUCUAGUUUUUACAUGUAUUUUAAACCAAGUGUAUCCCUUUUUCUCCUCAAAUAAAGCAAAAUGCACCCUAAUUUGUGAUGAAGGGUGUUAUGGUACAGCUUCACUAUCCAAAAUAUCUGAGCUUUUUUUGAACAAAUGCCCAUUAAUGGGAGUGUACGAGUGUCUUGCAUGCCUCAACAAGAAGCUUUGCUUACCCGAAUGUCUCUUUAAUUGAAGGAGGUGCGUGGGCAUUUUUUUUCGUCCCUCUUUGGAAACCUUGUUAAUGUGUGUCUGCAUGUGAUGUGCAGUGGUUUGGCUGUUGAGUGAGCUCUGAAAUUUAUAUGGUCACAAACAGUAUCCUGCAUUGGUGCUAAAGCACUUCCUCUCUUUGUAUAUAAACCCUCAAAAUGGAGGUGAAAAAAAAAUAAAGAUCAUCUUCACUGUUGCCAAAAGACAUUUCCAUGAUGUAAGAUAGUAUAUUUAAGGAGGAAUGCAUUAAUUAAUAAAUCUAUUAAUGUUUUACUCAUA